AUGUCUACUCCCGGAUCAUAUCGCCCGCCGCUCCCACCUCGGAACCCCCAGCCGCCUGGGUAUACUAAUACUUCUCUGGGAUAUCCGAACGGCGGCUAUCCACCGCCACCUCCUGGACUUCCUCCUCGGAAUCCGGCUUACGUACCCAGUUCUCGGCCUCCGCCGGUCCCUCCGAGACCUCCUGGCUAUGAAAUCAUCACUCCAACUAGUUCUAAUGAACAGUUUCCUCCAAGGUUCUCCAUUCCGCCGCCUCCUCCGGGACCGCCUCCAGGAAUCGUGAGGCCGGCUUCUGCCAACCACCCGUCAUACCCAUAUCAUUAUCCCGAGGCAAAGGAAACUGUCAAGAUACCGCCUCUAGUGCAUACAACAGCUACAAGAACUCCCGAUAUUCGACCGUUAGAAAAGAAUCCCAGUUCGUCAUCGACACCACAGCCAUUUAAUACCCCGAUAUCAUCUUUAUCGCCUGGCCAGCUCCCAUCGCCAGUCGCUCCAACCACGUCGCCAUCUUCAGAGUAUUUAGAGGCUCAAUUCCGAUCUUUAUCUGUAGAAAAUCGACCGUCGACCAACUUACCUUUGAUUUCGCAUCAUACUUCGCAGCCCUUGCAAUCUCCAGUGGCUUGUUCAACUCCUCCCGUAGCCACCUUUCCCGACCCCCACGUACCUAAGUCAGAUGGCCAUAUUUACGAGUUACCGACAGAAAACGAACUUAAAGGCAGACCUGCUGCACCAUCCGCGGUAACUUCCUGUAUUGACGAUCCUGUAACGUUCGCAACAGAUUGGUACUGGCACCCCAACGCACCCGGGUUUUUGAUAUGUUCGCGCUGCUAUGUCGACUACAUCCACGGGACCAGGUUUUGGGACCUUUUCCGAAGGGAGAGAUUCAGCGACAGCAAACCGCGGGUAUGCUGCUUUAACAAGCCGAGAAUGCGAAAUCACCUAUUUAAAGAUGCUCUCGCAACGGGAUCAUUGGAGCCAGCCUUGGCUUGGAUGCAUUCCCGGUCACAGAUCCCCGAUUGCAAAGGGAUAGAGGGCGUUAAAGGAAAAGUCGGCAUCAAGUGGUACAUGGUGAAAUUAAACAAUAUACCAGGCUUUGUAUCUUGCGAGGCCUGCUAUGAGGACCGUAUCUUAACCAACCACUUUUUCGUAAAUUUCGAGCCGACACAGCCACAGCCAGCAGAGGACACCUGGAGCUGCGACCUAGCCGUGCCUUUUAUCGAAAAGGAGUAUGAGGCCAAGGGCAAGGGCAACGACUGGGCUGGCUUCGUAAGCGAGACGAAGGCGCGAAUGUCCAUAAAGCCUUGCCCACAACGCAACCUAGAGUUAACCUACGGUAGGAAGUGGUUCGUUCCUAAGCAUGGUCCUGAAGGGUUGGUGCUCUGCUCGGGAUGCUAUUGCGACCGGGUGAUCCACACUGGCGAAGAGGCAUUGUGGGAGAUAGAUGAGAAACUUACAAAGGCGUACGACACCAAAGUUCGGUGCAGCUUGGGUGUGUUCAGCAUUAGAAUGGCCAUGGCUCGCGCGCACGACAUCAAUGACUUCCAAGUAUUCUGGAGAUCCGUGCAUAAGCUUGCCAACGAGAAGUUUUGCGAUGAUGACGGUAUUGAAGACGGUAUCUGGUACUCGUUACCCUCUAACCCGCCCAACUUCGGCAUCUGUGCCGGAUGUUACGUGGCCAUCGCGGAGCCCCUCGAUAUAUCACGCUUUUUUGUCCCGAAACGCGAUGCACAGCCGGCUGGGAUGAAAUGGCAAUGCUGUUUUAGCCUCGCGCAUCCUCGAUUUCGGCAAUUCAUGCCACGGCUAUUAGAGAUGUAUCAUACACAUGAUCCGACCUCAUUCGACAAAUUUGCGUCAGUAUAUUGUUCUAUACCGGUGUGCCCUCGCGACGAAGACGCGCAGAACAAGUACUGGUACGGAUGGACGGACUGCACGAUUUGUCCGGAGUGCUAUCACGACUUCGCGCAGCAAAGCCCGCUGGCCGCUAAGAUGGAACUAAACAACACGCUGUUAGAGACGAGCACAAUGUGCGAAAUGUAUAGCCCGCGUAUGCGCGAUCUUUAUAUAAAAUGUAGCGAGGCGUCGCCUCCUGACGCCAGGGAGCUACUCACAUGUUCAGUGCAGCGGCGUCUUGUCUGGAUCCAGACAGUUCCACAAAUGCGAAUGAUGAUAUUCCGAGCGAAGUUGGCGCUGAAUCAACAGCGGUUUCUUAACGUUACGAGCUCUCACUAUAACCAGGUCGGCAUGCUACAAGAUAUCACUUACGGGCACACGCACACAUAUGGCGCUGCUGGAGUUGGUUACGGCUACGCGAAUGGGAAUCUCUUACAGGGCGCUGUGUAUGCCCAGCAAGCCGCGCAAGCUGGUGCUAGUGCUGCAAGUGGUAGUGCGGUUCUACUUGUCCGACAGCUAGAACAGCAGUGGAGAGCUGUUGAGUAG